GUGCACUGAAUAACAUUCAGAUUGAUUCCGCAGCCAACGGCCAAUAGGUGUCAAACAAUAUGUUUUGGCCUGAUAUCAAUCAUUCUAUAUAAACAUUUAUUGCAGCAAGGCAAGCAAGCCCAGCAAAGCAAAGCAAACCAAAACCAAAGCAAAACGAAACGAAACUUCUUUUCUUGUUUGAACGCUGAUUCUGAUUUCUGUCCGAAGCUCUUAACCCAAUUCUCAGACUAUGGAUGAAGAUUUAAGCGAAAAGGAGUCGUUGCUGGCUCGCAUUCAGCAGGUGGAACAUGAGCGUGAUGAAUUACGUAAAGACAUCGAACAAUUGUGUAUGCAGCAAGCUGGGCCAGGCUACCUUGUUGUGGCUACUAAGAUGCAUUUUCAAAGGACAGCUGGCUUGGAGCAGGAGAUUGAGAACCUGAAAAAGAAGCUAGCUACUUGCUCAAGAGAGAACGUGAAUCUUCAAGAGGAGCUCUCUGAGGCUUAUAGAAUCAAAGGCCAGUUGGCUGAUUUGCAUAAUGCAGAGGUUGCAAAGAAUUUGGAAGCUGAGAAGCAGCUUAAAUUUUUCCAGGGCUGUGUAGCUGCAGCUUUUGCCGAACGGGAUCAGUCCAUAAUGGAGGCUGAGACGGCUAGAGAGAAAGAGGAGCUCAUGUCAAAGAAAUUGAGUGAGAUAGAGAAGAGGUUAGAAGAGCAUACUGCAGAUUGUUUUGAACAGAAGAAACUUAAUGAUAAAUUGCAAACUGAUUUAGCAAUGCAAGAGGAGCAGAAUGCAACUUUUAAGAAGGUCAUCGAUAAGUUUUAUGAGAUCAGGCAGGAUUCUUCGGAGGGAUUUGGGAAUACAAGUUGGGACACCAAAUGUGCAUGCCUUUUGGAUGAUCCUGCAGAAUGGUGGAGUUUCAAUGACACUUCUACAUCUAAAUAUAUUAGUUCAUUAGAAGAAGAGCUCGAGAGGGUGAGGAUCUCUGCUGGUAAUCUUCAAAACAGGCUACGAGUGGGUUUGGAAAUUGAAAAUCAUUUAAAGAGGAGAGUUUCGGAAUUGGAAAAGAAGAAAAUCCGUUCAGAUGGAAUGUUAAAAAAGGAGAUGGCAGAGUUACGUCAUCACCAUUCUCAGCAUAAAGUUCACAUCAUAAGUUUACUUAAUGAGGGAAGCAGUUGUAUCAAAUCAAUAAUUGAUGCAGUGGAGAAAAAGUGUAGGCAAAUUGAUGCAAGCAGACUACAAAAGUUGGAGCCACCUAUGGGAGAUGUAAAGCAAGGUGAAUCUGAAUGUCAAGAUGUACAUGAAAUUACAGAUGCUGAUCCCCAAGUGGUAUUUAAGGAUGGUGACCCUAGCUUAUCAGACAUGGUGGCAGUUGGGGAGGGUGAUUCCUCUAAAGCCCUUGCACAGGCACUGGAAGACAAGGUUGCAACGUUAUUGCUUUUAUCACAGCAGGAAGAAAGACAUUUACUGGACAGAAAUGUGAAUGCAGCUCUUCAAAGUAAAAUAGAUGAGCUUCAGAGAAACCUAUUGCAGGUUACCAAUGAGAAGGUCCAAGCUCUAAUGGAGAUGGCACAAUUAAAGCAGGAAUAUCAUCAACUCAAAGAGAGAAUGGGUCAGGAGACGAAAAGAGGCAAUUCAUCUGCUCAAGUUGGGGACAGGAGAGUAGUUACACAUGAAAGAGGUGGAAAACUAAAGAGCUUGCUGAAGAAAACGUACUUGAGCCAUUGGGUUGGAAAUCUAGACCUUAGGGGAAAUGAAGCUGAAUCUGACCUAAAUAGCAUGGAGUUUGUGAGGAUGAAGAUUGAAAAUGCGACCCUUAGGGAAACCAUUGGAAGUAUCGAACAUCUGACUACUACAGUUCAUAGGCUUCGUCUAUCGCUUUUAAAGGCCAAGGAGAUGGUGACUUCUGGAGACUCGAUGCUUAGUAGCAUGUUAGAAACUCUAGACAACAUUAUUAAUGAGGCAAAACUAGUGAAGACCGCACUAGGAAGUUCCCUACCACUUAGUUGGUCAGCAGAAGCAGAUGUGGAAUUCAGCGGUCAUAAUGUUAGCAGUGAGGCUGGUAUCGUAUAUGGGGAGCCCAUCCAUGAGAAGAUAGAUUCAGUUUAUGCUGUGGGGUUUGAGAUGGUGGAACUCCUGACAUUAGCAUCGCAGAUAUUAAAGGACAACACAAGCAAAAGUGGGUCCUGAAAUGGAAGCUCUAGCUAGCUAAUUGUUCGAAAUGGUGUUGAUGCUAAAGCAUAACUGGUUCCUCACAAAUUUAUUUUAGGAAAAGUGCUAUCAAGAAUGGAAUGAAAUCAUGAUUAUUUACGAAGUAGAGCAGAUAUCUACAGCACAUGGAGGUAAAAAUGAAAAUCUCACAGUAGAGGGCCAAGUACCAGAAUGUGCGGUUUCUUCUCAUUGUAAUCUGUCACUGAUUAUUGUCUAGUUGAUAUUCCUCAGAGACCAGGGAUAACCCAUAGAAGUCAGGCAUACUUUAGAUGUAUUAACUCAUUAUUUAUGUACAGAGUUUGUCUAACAAAAGCUGAACCAAGUGCAAUCUUUUUUCAAGUUUGUAUGAUAUUUGCUUCAUGGUAUAGUAAUUCCUUUGCAUGUUAACCAA